UCACCGAGCCGAAAGAAGAGCCGCAUCCCCCCCCUGACUGACUCCCUCCACCCCUUCUCAUCUCCUCUCCUGUGCUCUCGUCUCCAUCCACCCAGCGCCAUGGAUGUAAAAGGUUGCAUCUGAACGGCGUCCGCUCGCUCAGCUCACCGAGUCUCAAGACGGGGGCCACAAUGAGCGCAGAGCCAGCGGCCACUCCCAGCUGGCUGAGCCCCGACCCCACGGCCUGGGCCAGCGGCGGAGCCACGGACAACGCCAGCGUCCCGGCGGAGGAGUCCCUGGCGCCCCCCCGCCAGCUACCCUUGCUGGUCAACCCGUGGGACGUGGUCCUGUGCACGUCGGGGACUCUCAUCGCCUGCGAGAACGCUCUGGUGGUCUUGGUGAUCUGGCAGAACCCGGCUCUGCGAGCGCCCAUGUUCCUGCUCAUCGGCAGUCUGGCUCUGGCGGACCUGCUGGCCGGCCUGGGCCUGGUACUGCACUUCACCUGCGCCUACCUGCUCCAGUCGGACUCGGCCCAGCUUCUGACCGUGGGCCUGGUGGUGGCCUCCUUCUCGGCGUCCGUCUUCAGCCUGCUGGCCAUCACCAUUGACCGCUACCUGUCUCUGUACUACGCCCUGACCUACAACUCGGAGCGUACGGCGGCCUUCACGUACACCAUGCUGGUCCUCCUGUGGGGGCUCUCGCUGUGCUUGGGUCUGCUCCCCGUCACGGGCGUCAACUGUCUGGCGGAGGAGGCCACGUGCAGCGUGGUCCGCCCGCUGACCAAGAACAACGUGGCCGUGCUCUCCGUCUCCUUCCUGCUCCUGUUCGGCCUGAUGCUCCAGCUCUACGUGCAGAUCUGCAAGAUCGUGAUGCGCCACGCUCACCAGAUCGCCCUGCAGCACCACUUCCUGGCCGCCUCGCCGCAUUACGUCACCACGCGGAAGGGCGUCUCCACGUUGGCCAUCAUCCUAGGGACCUUCGCCGCCUGCUGGAUGCCCUUCACCGUCUACUCGCUCAUCGCCGACUACACGUACCCACCGCUGUACACCUACGCCACGCUGGUGCCGGCCACAUACAACUCUGUCAUUAACCCGGUCAUCUACGCCUUCCGGAACCAGGAGAUCCAGAAGGCCUUGUGGCUGGUGUGCUGUGGCUGCGUUCCUGCCAGUGUUGCACAGCGGGCGCGGACUCCCAGCGAUGUCUGACCCAGUUGGAUCGAGCCUUUGGGUUUUAGAGAAAGAGUAGGGGGGGCGCCUCUUGGUUGGUUUUCACAGAGGGACGGAUUGACCCAGGUGGGAUUUGAGGAAGCGGCGGUUGGUUGGUUGGCAAAGGGAGGGUUUUGAGAAAGAUGGGUUGGACUUGAGAGAGGGUUCGGUUCACCUGGAUGGAUUUUCAGAGAGCGGGUCGAAGAGGAGAGCAUUUUUGAGGCUGGCGCCCACAACCAGGGGCGGCAUGGGAGUUUCACAUCAUCACAUGAGGUGUUCUACCUCUGUCUUCCUCACGUGAGGCGACGGCCAUGUUGCAUGCUGCUCACCAUGUCAGCCUUGUCCGCCCUCGCCGGUGCCCCGCCCUUGCCCACUCCACUCCACUCCACUCCACUCCACUUUGCAGAUGGUGGCCAUCACAUGCUCCCGCACGGGGAGCGAUGCAGCUUCGGCCGCCACAUGCUCGUCCUUCGGGAUUAUUGCUCGCUCAAAAGGCAGAUUAAAAACCAGGCGGCAGACGACGACGACACGCAGGCCUAUUUUUUAUUCUGCCUCCCCCCCAGCAGCAAGUCUGAAGCAGCAUCCCGCCCGCCGCCUGCACUAAACGUGCGUGGCAAGCUAAAGAGGCGAGGCGAGGCGAGGCGAGGCGCGGCAAGCUAAAAAUAGACCCCGGCUUCUCUUGGGGAACUGAGGAGGCCUCGCUACGCUUCUUGUCUUUCAUUGGAUUCUUGUGUGAAUGUGUUGGACAUCAAUCCAUUUGUGAUCCCACUGGGGGCUGCAGUGUCAACUCUAUCACCUCACUUGAUUUUGGAAUGUUGACGCAAGGUUGCAAUGCAGUUCUUGCAAGAGAAUGCCACCAUUUUGUCAGGAGGAUGUCAUUCAAACCAUGUGACUUCUCUCAUCCAAUCAACAAAAUGGGAUUACACAAACAUUAGAAUGGCAAAAGGAUUGUAGGGCACUUAGAUUGAUCCAAAUGGGGCACUUAUUAUUUAUUUUGCAUAUUUAUGAUCAUCGUUUCAUUAUACUGGUGAAAAACAUCCCCGUUUAAUUCUAAACAAGGUCAUUGAUUUAUAAAUGCUGAAUUUGUCAUGCAUUUAAAAAAAAAAAAAAAAACUUUUUCAUGCCUGAUUCUUAAUUUUAAUGAAAUAACUCUUCUAGAGUUCCUUAAGAAUACAGCACUUCAAUCAAGAUCUAUUUAAACUUAAUACAUAACCUCAUAAAUUGCUAUCAUUUUAUGCUCUUAUAGUUGACAUGGUGAUUUCCCAGUUUUACAAUAAGUAAAGACGACAACUAACUACUGUGCACACUCUAAUGGAGUCACCUUCUAAAGGUGACACAUCUGCAUUUAGGCCCUUUGAGAGCUCUUGAGUGUUUUUCUCAUGUUAUCAGCAAUAACUAACCUUUGGAACGGUAGUUAUUUUCAGAGUGGCCAAGCAAUACUCAGACAGCAAUAACAUGGACGCACCCUUACUGUGAUUUCCUUCCGCAGAGUGAACCAACGCCAAGAGGGAUAGAAUCAAAAGUGACAAAGCUUCAUUUGUUGCUUCGUGAGCUCAUGUGACGAUCGAGCACAUUUAGUUUGGGAUGCCGUUUAAACUUCCACGCACGCUUGUAACAAGGUCAAAGAAAAAUAUAGUACAUCUUGAUGGACGUGGUUAAUGUAUCAGCGCAUUGUUUUGUCGUCUGCCUGAGCUGAGUGUUGCAAGCUCCCACAAGUGUUGUUUGUCCUGCAUGGCUGGCCGCAUGUGGGCUCCUCAAGGAUUGAUUGGAGGAUUGUGUCGCUACAUAGAUGGGUGUUAACUAUUCGCCGAUGCUGCCACCGCUGCUGCCAGUCUUCCUUAACCAUCUGGAGAGAAUUCCCACAAUGUUUUUUUUUUUUUUUUAAUGCUACACCGCAUGCUGCCGCCACGUCGUCGGACUAAAGAGCGCCGCUACUUGAAGCCAAAGCGAAAGAGGAUGAGCGAUGAAAUCAGCCGAAGUCGGUCAAGUGACCUCUGAAUGAUCUUAUGAGCUAAAGAGGGCCACUUCCAAAUGAUCUCGCUAGACUUUUGGGACGUGGCCCCCUCCCGUCUAUGUUGACAUCACAAUGACGACGAAAAAAAAAAAAGUCUAUUUUGUUAUAUUCAUUGAAAAGUUCUAUUUUUUUCGGCUUGAAUUCCUUAUGUUGUACGAUGAUAUCACGGCGCUGUAAAGCCUUUUUUUCUGAAUGUAGUGACACAAAUUGGGGGUUUUUCUUGGGGUACAUUGUGUAAAUAAUAAUAAUAAUACGGCAUGCUGGGGGACUUAACCACCGUACAUGGUGCUACCAAAGCAGUCACUCUUAAUGGAAGGAGUUGGGUCGCACCACUUUUUUGCCCCACCCCCGGAAAUGGUCAGAAAGUGUUCAAAAAGGGCUUUUGUAUCCGGGAAUAGCAAAAGACUGUCACACCUAUCCGUCACACAAACGCAGUGAACAGAAUUGUAGCCAAUGAGGGGCUGGAAGUAGUUCGAGCUCACUAACCUGACACUCGAGGGGGGGCCUGUGAAUGUCUCUGGGGGGGUAACAGCAUUGUGUGGGGGUUUUCUUUUUAUGUGAAAUGCA